AACAGUGACAAAAGUGACAGCAGUGACAACGGUGACAACAGUGACAACGGUUACAACAGUGACAACCGUGACAAUGGUGACAACCGUGACAACAGUGACAACUGUGACAACGGUGACAACGGUGACAACGAUGACAACAGUGACAACAGUGACAACGGUGACAACGGCGACAACGGUGACAACGGUGACAACGGUGACAAAAGUGACAAUGGUGACAACAGUGACAACAGUGACAACGGUGACAACGGUGACAACAGUGGCAAUAGUGACAUGGGUGACAACAGUGACAAUGGUGACAUUGCUGAAAACAGUGACAACAGUGACAACAGUGACAACGGUGACAACAGUGACAAGAGUGAGAACGGUGACAACGGUGACAACAGUGACAACGGUGACAACAGUGACAAUGGCAACAACGGUGACAACGGUGACAAUAGUGACAACAGCGACAACAGUGACAACAGCAACAACAGUGACAACAGCGACAACAGUGACAAUGGUGACAACGGUGACAAUGGUGAGAAUGGACACAAAAAACAUACUUACAUACUUUUGCAAAAAAAUCGAAGUCCAAGAAAACUCAAAUUUUUGACCGAAACGAUGGAUUAACCCCUUUGCAAAAAUUUUAAUUUUGCGUUUUUAAUAAACAGAUAUUCUUGUAGUCUUUCAAGCCUUCUUUUUUAUGUAGAACGCCAGCAAACACUUUUUCGCGAUGUUUUUUUGAUAAACACAAAAGAUGAAAGAACUUCAACUGUUGGAACAAAAUCAUGGACUAUCCCCUUUGGAACAAUCCCAGUUUUGCGUUCUUUUUAAAUCCAUGUUUGUAUUGUCUAGAAAGGCUUGCUUUGUAACGAGAACGUCAGCAAAUACUUUUUCUCGGUCUAUUUUGCAUAAAACGAAACGUUAACAAAAUGGACUAACCCCUUUGGAAAAAUGCCAAUUUUGUGGGUUAUUGAAAGCGAUGUUUUUAGUAUCUAGAAAAGCUUCUUUGCGAUAUAAAACGUCGAAAAUCCUUUUUUCACGACUUAUUUUCACAAUCUAUUACAUGGGAAUACAGGGGUUACAAGGGGUUACAAGGCGUGACAGGGAGUUAUAAAGGAUUUCAGAAACUUUUUUCUAACUAGAACGUUCCCAGAUACUUUUUCUUGGUCUAUUUUGCGUAAAAAUCAAAGUUGAAGAAAUCUCCAAUUUUUUACCAAAACAAUGGACUAACCCCUUUUCAAAAAUUCUAAUUUUGAGUUUUUAAUAAACAGAUAUUCUUUUAGUCUUUGAAGGCUACUUUAUUAUCUAGAACGGCAGGAAACACGUUUUCUCGAUCUAUUUUUGAUAAACACAAAAGAUGAAAAAAAAUUCAACUUUUUAAUGUAAUAGAUCGUGAAAAUAAAUCGUGAAAAAACGAUUUUCGACGUUUUAUAUAGCAAACAAGCCUUUUGGUGACAUUGUAAAGCAUUUAUGAAGGGGAGGGGAGAGGCAUACAUAUACAAUGCUUGAUGGUAAAAUUUAAUCCUCAAAGACAAGGGGCAGGAUUUAUAGGGGGAGGAGAGACCGAGGCAUACUCUGAAUGGCGUAAUUUAAACCUCAAACUGGACAAAAUUUUUAUAUUGUAUGUUCAUAACUCGCCUUGUUUCCCCAGCAAAAGUUUGCAUAAUAUUUUGCAUAGGCAUUUUUAACCCUUUAAGCCCUAAGAGUGAUCAGCGUCAAAUUUCACCUUGUAAUAUCACUGCUUUAUAAAACAGAAUGGUCAUGAGAAUUAAAGACAUGAUCACACAAGAUCGAUCUUAUUGAUACUUCAACAAAUUCUCACCACUACUUUUAUUGAAAACGUAUAGGGAUAACAAAUGAAAAUUUGAAUUUUGAUCUUAGGGUUUAAAAGGUUAAUACCCAAAGGAGAAGGUCCAUAUUAGUGUUCUUCAAUGCCCUCAUUUACGCCCCAAAUUCUCGCUGAAUCCCGUAAUGCCGAUGGUUAGUUUGGGCAUCCCGCAUUACCUGCAUACUUUAAUCCCGAAUCUCGUCCUAAUUUUGUUUGAAAAUCCCGAAUCCCGGCCUUGAACUAAGGCGAAUCCCGCAUCCCGAGCUCCAAAUAAGGAAAAUCCCGCAUUCCGCACCCGGAAAAACCAUUUGGGGUCCCCCAGGAGAAACAGGAAGCGAUGGGUGUUGUGGGUAAUGUGAAACUGGGUGUAUAUAUACUCUACAGGCAUACUAGCUAAAGGCAGUAAUGAACAGACAUGAAGCCGAAGAGCCCUGGACAAAGAUAGGGACUUUAAGCAAAGACUACGGAAGGUUCUAGUACGGUGACCGGAAGUGAUUUUUUUUCGCCACCCGUCGACGCCUCAAGUCAGCGACGGCUAUAGCGGUGAAAACGUCGCUGAAAGGUGUAUUCCUGUUCUUUUAUUCUUUAUCGCGAUUAUUCCAACUCGCUUACUCUGUCAAAUGUUGGCGAACCCUUCAUGAGGGUAAAGCCGUGCAGUGACCCCCACGGAAAGGAAAUGUAAAAAAAAAAACAUUUGUAAAAAAGGGCGAUUCAUGGGCAAAUUCAGGGCUUGCUUCUGUUUUAUCAGUCUUAUUGACACCACUUGGUGAGAUGAUAUCCAUUAUGAAAUCCUCUUUCUCGUCAACUGUAUUUUGCGUAUUUGGCUGUAUUUUCACUUGGGUGUCAUGCCUGACACCGAAAUUUGAGGCCCAUGAUCGAAAAAUGAACCUUUGAUUCAGAAAAUUCCAAGGAUCAGGGGCACCCAACGGCAAUUUUCGGGAAAAUAUCUGUUCGGAAGACGAUUUGAGAACUAGAAUUUUCGGAACAUUUGUUGUAAAAUUUCUUGCUUGCCUGCCUCUCCUAGGAUUUUCGAACAUUUACAAAAUGGUAUAAUUACCCAUUUUAAACGGAUAUUUACCCUAAAAAAGGCCACCUAGAAUUUUCGGAAGCCUUUUCCUGGCUGAAAUUUUCGAAAAGGUAAGUUUUGAUCCCUAUAAUUUUCGGAUCACUAGACUUUCAGCUAGGAAAUCCGAACAGAUGAAAAGUUUUUAGGGGAUAAAAAUAUGCCUAUAUCUACCGUUUAAAAACUAAAAUACGUUCAACAAUGCUAUGUUAAGUGGUUUUGAACUAUAUCCUCGUUGGGUGCCCCUGAGGGAUGACUAAAAAAGGAUAAAAUGCGUAUAUCUGCGAUUCUGUUUCAAAUAUACACUGGCGUUCUAAGCACGUAAAAUGCAACUGCGUACUAGACAGUACGGCCCGCCAUGAUCUUCUACAUGUACGUAUUCGGGAAGCGCAGUACGGUCAGUAAGUUUUUAAAUUAGCAAAUCAACAAUUUUGCGCGUUCUCCUAUUGUGUUAGUCAACAUUUCUUUGUGACCAUUGCACGGCCACGACGUGAAAAUGCCUAACUUCACGUUUUAUUGAUGCCUGAAGUAAACAAACGAAGACGAACUUUUUUCCUCUAUGAGUUUGCCUACAUUUGACAAAAUAACCGACUAGUAAUAAUCGCGAAAAAGAAUGAAAAAAUGGGAAUUAACGUUUUGACCGCUAUUUGAAGUUGAGGCCUUGACGCGUGGCGGGAAAAAAUACUUCCGGUCACUGUACUAGAACCUUCCGUAUGAUCCCGUAGUUGUCGCCUUAAGUCCCUAUUUAGAGGAUAAAGACCUUGAAAACUGAUUAACAGAUUAACACUCACCCUGUAUAAAGACAUGGAUUAUGCUGAUCAAUAUCAAAGUUCCUUUCGUGUUCAUUUUUCUUGCAGUUGAUCAACUGCAAAGUGAAGAAGAAACGCGCCUGUUAUACAGAUACAAGCCAGAUACAAAUAACUCCAAAAUAUUUUAGUUUUAGUUUCCUUGUCACCUCUUUAGCUCGGCAUAUUUUUCAGUCGAAUAUGGGGCCACAAGUUCUUCUAUCUAUCUAGUUUCGUUAUAGCUUGAUUACUGUUAUCAAAUUGCGUGUCGAAAGGCGUUUCCACAAACAUUCUCUACAUGCUCGAUUACCAACAGAAACUCAACAUUAAUUCUAAAAGGAUUUUCUAAUUCAAAAAGUCCCUCGUGAAAGGGGAUCAUCGAUUACAAAAAACUCACUUCCGAUAUUUAUCGAUCGAUAGUGGUCAAAUGUUUCUGUGUGUGAUUUUUAAAAUUUUUACUUGAAUUAAACUAGUUUUUUUGUGUGUGCGCAUGGUUUUUAGCUGCACAUGUGGCUCGACGUUUUCAUCGAGGAUGAAAAUUAUGGAUUGGCCCGGUUCAAUUCAGUGUCAGUCGGAUGCCAUUUUAAAAUCAAACAGGGUUCAGCUAAUGCUAAGAGAUUCUAGGAUCAGUCCUUUGAAUCGGCAGAAACUUAACCCCGAGAGCGACAAUGGAGUCAUUCAGGGAGUUCUAACUUUUGAGUCAGCGGAUAAAUUUAAGAUUAUUACCGGUCAAACGAAACCUCUAAAACCGUAUUUCACAAAGUAUCAUUUAUUUUUCAAGUUUCACAGAUGGAUUAACUACUUUCAUAGCUGCUUUAUCAAUCAAUUUAUCACGGAAAGAUAAAACAAACUAAAAAUGGCUAAGAAUGAUCGGAACGUCAAAGCAAAUUGAUUGCAGUAUCCAUGUCCGGUCCGGAUGACCUUUCCUUUCAAAUGACAAAUUCAUCUUACAAGUUCUAUCAUGUGCUUUGAGUUUGAAGUUUGAAAAAUGUUAGUGGAUGCAACAUGUGAGUAAAUAUGCCCGUGCUAAUGAAAACCACAUAUAUAAACACGCUUCAUGUUGAAAAAUACUUUAAAAAAAAAACAAACUAGGCAAGCCUCGACAAUAGAAGAUUAAAUUAUCAACUCAUUCAAAUAAGAGAUGUCACUGGAGAAAAAUUCGACAAAAAGUGACAGAAAGUCGUAAAUUGGGUGCCAAACGCAAAAGUUCCACGGGAAAAUCCUUCUCUUUUACAUAGCGUAUAGUUUUGUAAUUUAGAGCCAUCUCAACUUGCAUGUAUAACAUACUAAGCAGUUCCACGGGAAAGCACUACUCAGUGGCUUUUAUUUAAGUGGUCACACUUUAGGAUUUCAUCCACAAACUCAAAAGUUAGAACCACCUUGUACAGCAUAAUAAACAGCACCACGGGAAAGUAUUGCACGGUAGCUUUCAUUUGAAUGGUCACACUUUAAAUUUCACAAACACAAAUUAAAAGCUACAUUAAUCCACCGUAGUUUUCUUUUGGGGGGUUAAAAGCUACGUUUAUUUACAUUGCCAAAGACUUGCAUUUCUUGUUACGUGAAAUCUGUUAGCAAAUUGACAAUAAAAAUGUGUUUUAAACACAUCCGGCAAGGAGAUAUGGUAGAUAUUUGUACUGUUAUGUUUUUCUUAAUUGAUUAAAGCAAGGUGUAAAUCGAUUCCCCUCAAACUAACAACUUCUUAUAUAGAGUUCGGGCCGCUUUUCAUAUCAGUUGCUGAAAGAUCGUAUCUUUAUUAUCAAAUUUCUCCGAGUGCUUUUUGCCUAAAGCAAAGAGCGAACCAGUAAAGGGUUGUUUAUAUUGGUUUCAUGUGUUUUCUAUGCACGUUGAUCAAACUGAACAUGACCAGAAGGCGGAUGAAGAAACUUAUGAAAAGAGUCUGCGUGAUUGUAAGUGUGGGAAUCGUCUUUGCACAAGCAGUUUUUGUAUUUUUCAACCUACGGGCGAAUUCACGACACAUUUCACAACAUUUCGCCGCUUUAAACACGAAAGAGGAAGUCUCUCGCGUAAUCAUGACAACAGAGCAAGGUCUUAGACAAGCAAAACACUUUCCCAGUUCACACCAGGAAAAAAUUGCCACCGAAGUUUUAGAGCCAGUGGCGAUGGAGGAGAAUUUAUUCCCAGUACAAAAAACAACUUACGAAGAAUGUUUGCUGAAGGCUGACGACGAGAAGUUACAAUUUCACGAGCUCGUAACAGGAAGCGUGAUUUAUUCAGCAUUUCUGGACUUCAGGUUCAAGCAACAAGCUUUCGUUCGUCUGAUUUCAUUUUUGCCAGCUUAUGGUGAGAUUCCAGAAAUGUACUGCCAUUUCAUGGACUUAAACAUGUACGAGUUCUUUAGCAGUGUCGUAGAAGUUGAAGAAUUCGAAAAUAACCAUGGCGAAUACUUCUAUCACGGAUUUAUAUCAUCGUGCGAGCUCCCAGAGGAAAUCGACAGUUAUACACUGUGUUCGGUUAACAUUUCCCUUGAUCCCGAAUCACACAGGCAAACGUCUGAAAACACCAAACAGAUUCCGUUACAUCUAGUCGACCGCAGGCUAAAAAUCGAACCUUACAGCCUUUGCGUUCCGCCAAUAGGUGGUGAUAUUCCCGCGGUAAGGCUCGUGGAGUUCAUAGAACUGUCCCAGAUUUUGGGCGUGUCCCAUAUCACGUUUUAUAACUCAAAAGUUGAAGAAAAGACUCUUAAAAUUCUGCGAUAUUACAAACAGAAAGGAUUAGUAACUAUCUUGCCAUGGAAAAUACAAGAGUACAUAUCUUUAAACACUGAAGAUAACGGGAAAACCCUGGCGCUUAACGACUGCAUGUAUAGAAACUUGGAGCGGUUUGAUUAUGUAGGUUUUAACAACCUUGACGAAUUCAUUGUUCCUUUUAAAUACCGGAAAACUCCCGAAAUGUUUCAAAAUUUAGGUGACGAGGACACGGCAGGCUACUGUUUUCAAAUCUUUACUUUUGACACAAGUAAAUCUGCAACUAACAAUUCAAAACUUCAGCUGAAACUUCAACUUCUUACGCAAACAUUCAAUUUCAAGGCUUCUUCUCGUACAUUUGGACAAUCUAGAUGUGUUGUUUCGCCCACGAAAGCUUUUUAUAUAGACUUAAAUGCUAUCAUAAAUCCAUCAGAAACGUACUACACAACAUUUCAUGUUGAACCAAACAUCGGUUCUGUGCUUCGUUACGGUGAAUGCAUCGGCGGGGAUGCAAGCUGCGAGAGCUCGCACCAGGAUCUUACCAUGGUCAAAUAUCGGGAUGAGUUGAAAACGAGAUUUAAUUUGACUAUGGGUGAUUUGAAACGUCAUGGUUUACUAUGA